UUAACUGUCAAACUCAUUCGUCUAUCGACCGUUGGCGGGAAAAGUCGUUUCGAGGAAAAAAAAUAGUGCAAUUCUAUUUUCAAAAUGAAGGUUGUCGCUCUUGCUUUUCUGUUGGCUAUCGUGGUCAUUGUGGAUUGUUCCCAUACGUUUAUGGGUACCAAUGUCCUGAGGCCAUUGAUCUAUCAUCACAAUGUUGAAUACGGCUCCAAAGUCUUCAGGAAGAGGGUUGAGAACCUCUACUACUCCCUACCAGCUGUCCCAGCCAACGCUGGACGUUCGAUUCAGGGCAUCCUGGCCUUCGACAUGACUCACACUGGUGCAUCGGCCAACGUGACACAGGGCGGACUUGGCUUCAACUUCGUGAACCUUCGCAUGAAGAGUGACCGUGGAGAGAAGAUUCACUUUGACGUCUACAUUUACGCUUAAAUUAAAAAACAAACACAAUACGCUAGCGACACCUGUGGGGGCUUAGUCCGAGUUUUUCUUACGUUAACGCAAUGGACAUGUUUAUAACGUUCGGCAUUCUGAUUGGCCUGUUCCAAUUAAUCGACGAAUCAGAAGGCUAAACGUGGUAACGUUUCGAUCAUGUUAACGUAAAAAAAUGCUUCGCAUUAUGCCCUCUGGUGCUGCACACGUCCAAGCUACGGUAACUGCUUUCCAUCAGGCGAACCGCAAGCAUGGUAACACCCAAAAACGAGCAAAAUAAAAUCGCUGCCAUAUUCUCA